AUGGCGGUGAAGCCCAUGGCAUUCCGCAGCCUGCUGACAGACCAGCGACAGAUUGUGAUCCCACUUUUCCAACGCACUUACUGCUGGAGCGACAAACAGAUUCAGGGUUGGUGGAACGACACCUUGAGGCCCAAUCCCUCCCUUGGAUACCACCUCACUGGCAAGGCAAUUUUCAAGGAACGUGACGGGGUUCUCAUUUGCAUCGAUGGGCAACAGCGCAGCACGACGGUGUCCCUCAUAGUUGCCGCUUUGAGAGACGCUGCGCUCGAGCUGGUUCGCCAAGGUAACACCUGGAUGGCUACUUUCGUGGCUGAGCUUGACGCACUUCUUUUCAGAGACCCACGUCAAGUCUAUGCAUGGGCAGACGGCCAGGUGCAAGGCCGCAGAAAGGAGGAAAUCAACGAUGGCAGUGCCCAGGCAUUUGGCGUGCCGAUCCUGAUGCCCUCCUUCGAGGAUCGCAUCCCAUUCUUUCGCGCCAUCACUGAAGGAAUUCUCCGGCAUGCUUACCUUAAGGCAGGUAAGGCACCGGAAUCGGACAAAUCUGAUUCGCGUGGGUCGGUGCAGUCGCGUGCAAAAGGCGUUUUUGAUAAGCAGCUCUAUGGUGCUCUCAGUCUGCAGAAAGGGGCUACAGCACGAAGGGAGUUUUUGGCAGGGCUGGCCCGUACCGCCCUGGACGUCAUGGCAAUUACCUUCUGCGAGAUUCUGAAUGACAUCGACUUUCCCCAAGUCUUCCUUUGGUUUCAAGAGAAGAGCCUUUUCUCAAUGGGCGCCUUACUGCACAACCCUGCUCCAGGCGUGCCGUUCCGUGCUGCCGACUUGCUAAGAAAUCUCAUGCUGGCACCUUCCAUGCGUUUGAGCUUGCAAGAGCAGGAGAUAUUAUACCGCCAGCGUUGGUUAGAGCCCUUCGAGAGGGCAAACGGGGGAUCUUCAAGGCUGGACCCCAUCCUUGAGGCUUUCAUUGAAGAGAAGAUGGACCCGCGCCGCUCGAAUCGACACGUAUCUGACUUGGAGAAGUUCGCUGAGUCUUUCCUGAAUUCGACAGCGGGUUCAAUGGUCGCUCAGAAGUCGGACGUGUCAGGAGUUAUCACCUAUGCUCGCUUGCUGUCCUUUGCCGAAGCCUACCAACUGAAGGCAGAAGGUAGGCAACUUCCUGCAGGGGAGUCCAGCGUUGCCUUGAGUCAAGAGACGUGCGACCAACUCAUUACCAUGCUGGUCGACUUCGCCAACUGUGACGGCAAGAAACUUGCUUGCUGUCUAUGA